UUCCUCCCAAAAUACAUCUGAAGAUGAUUCCACCUUCCCCCGUCCAGCUGAACACCUCGGUGAUGGUCAUUUGCGAUGCGGAAAACUUUUAUCCAGGAGAUGCAGCAAUGGGGUUGUUUGCCAGGGAUGCCCCAGGGGGAAAAGGAAUGGUUGCCCCCCAAACGUUGAAUCCCGAUGGCACUUAUUCCUACAAGAGCUUCAUGGAGGUGAUGGCCACCGAAGACAGGAACGCCUCCAUUUUCCUUUGCCAGGUCAAGCACGAUUCCCAGCCUCUGGUCAACGAAACCACCAGGCUCUUCAUUACAAGGCCGCUUAAAAAAUCAGAAAACUCUCAGCAACAAUCCACCAUUGUUCUCUGCAUCGCGCUUUUCCUGAGCAAAGUAGCCGUCCUUUUCAUCUUUUACCUUUUCCUAAUAAAUGUGUACAGACAUCACAGGACAAGAUCUCAUUCAG